AUGAGCUCCGCCGAUUCGACUGAACAAGAGCUGGCUCGAUUGCGAGAAGCAGAGAAGAGAGUGGUGCGAAAGAUCGAUCGAUUACUCUUGCCAAUCAUGCUGGUUACAUAUGGUCUUCAGUACUACGACAAAUCGGUUCUCGGUACUGCAGCAGUUUAUGGCAUCAUCAAAGACCUUGAUCUGUCCCGAACAAUCAACGGCGUCACCUAUACUACCCGAUACAGUACAGCUACAGCUGCUUUUUACUACGGCUAUAUCGUGGCUGUCCUGCCUAUGGGUCUAUUAUUCGCUCGAGUACCGUUGGCCAAAACAGCUUCAUUUUGCGUCGUGAUCUGGGGACUGGUCUGCAUUCUUACAGUUGUUUGUCACAACUAUCAUGGGUUUGUCGCCCAACGUGUGAUUCUUGGCUUUGUUGAAUCGGCAGUGUCACCCGCUUUCGUAGCUGUCUGUGCUCUUUGGUGGAAACCUCAAGAACAAGCAAAGAGAAUCGGGGUUUUCUACUCUGCGACGGGAGUUUUCAGUAUGUUUUCAGCACUCAUCAAUAUUGGAUUAGGCAAAACAGGUGGAACCCAUCCAUGGAAAUCGAUGUACUACUUUUGUGGUUCUCUAACGAUCGCUUGGGGUUUCGUAAUAUACUUUUUCAUGCCCGAUAGUCCUUUAAAGCCAGGUCGAUUCUUCAAUGAAGAAGAAAGGCAAAUCUUGCUUAGAAGAUACGAAGAAAACCCUUGGGGGAGUUCUCAACAAUCUAUCAAACCAAAACAUGUUUUAGAAGCUGUUUCUGACAUCAAGACUUGGAUUUACCUUUUGAUGGGUGCAGCAAUUUAUAUCUGUAAUGGUUCCGUAACUGCUUUUGGUGCAAGAAUCAUCGCUAGUUUCGGUUACACAAGUUUGCAAAGUACUGCUUUGUUGGUUCCAGGUGGUUUCGUCACCGUUAUCACUAUAGCCUUCUUCUCUUAUCUUGCUGAUAAGUAUAAGAAUAUCAGAACUUUGUUGCUGCCUAUCAGUACCAUACCUGUCAUCGUCGGAGCACUUGUCGUCUGGCUCGCCCCUUGGCAUCCUACAGUGGGACCAUUAAUAGGGUACUACUUAGUUGCAAGUUUCGGUGCACCUUACGUACUUCUGCUCUCAUUGGCUUCUGCAAAUACCGCCGGAGCAACCAAGAAAGGUGUAACAUCAGGCUUCAUCUUCGUCGGUUACAAUAUUGGUAAUAUCGUUGCGUCAUAUCUUGUAUUCGCUCAAGAGAAGAAAAUAAAAUACCGAUCAACUUGGAUCGCCGUUAUUGUCUGCAUGAUUUUCGCUUCUGCCGCUUCGAUACUACUCCGAUACCUCUACAUCGCCGAGAACAAAAGACGAGACGGACUCGCUGCAAAUCACCAAGAAGCUAAACCUUAUCAAGCUGAAUCAGCUGAGAAAUUGGCAGGAGAAGGUCAUACUGACGUUCCUAUCAUCGAGAAUGCGGCGAGGUAUGAAGAUAAGACUGAUAAAGAAAGGUUGGAAUUUAGGUAUACUCUUUAG